GUUCUGUACUUAUUGGCAAUUCGAGUAAAUUCGUUAAAACUUUCAUAAAAAUACUUAUCUGAAUAAAUCUAUAAAUACAAUUUGCUAAGUAAUUAAAAUGUGCGCAGUAAUACCCCAAUUUGCAAAAGGCUUCCGAGAAGAUGCCACAAGAAUUAUUUACAAUUUUAGGAGUGCUCCUGAGAGCACUUUUAAAUGUUUUUCCGAUAUAUGGAAAGAGAUGAAAUUUGCGCAAAUAUUUGUUGGGCGCAAUAAUGCAGCAGAGGUUAUGGAGAUUUCAGAGGAAUUUAUGGAUGUUGCUAAAUAUUUUAUUUUAUGUGUAAAAGAUGCAAAAGUUAAAAUAGGAGGUUUAUUUUUACUAUAUUCCCUUUACUAUAGCCAGCCCUUUGUAGAAUUUGCAAAAAUUAGACUUGUGCGAGAGGAAUGGAUGCAUUUGAAAGGAUGGUGGUUAACACUAAACAGAACUAUAGAUGAUGAACCAAUAUAUAUGUUUCUAAAGUUAUAUUAUGAUAAUGCUUUCAAAUUUGUAUUUGACAGUCACUGUUAUGGUUUAGAAAAAAGUUUUUAUAAAUAUUUUAAAGAACUACCACAUACUCUAAUGAUACCACAUCAUAUAAUGUUUGAAUCAUAUUCUAUUAAACCCCAAGAGCGAGUUGAACUGAAUGAAAUAUCUGAAAUAAUUUCUUCAUUCAGAGAAGACUAUAAAAUGCGUAGAGAACAACUAAAAUUUCCAACAAAAUUGGAGGAUUCUGAUAUAUCUGCUGUGCUGCAUAAUUGUUUUGACGAGGGUCCUAAAACUCCUUUGAAACAAAUUACUAGUAAAGAAGAAGAGUCUGGAUGUGAGACUGAUGCUAAUGAAGGAUUGGGUUCAAAACGAAAAGCUCUCAAAGAGAAGGCUUUUGGAGUAGAAUCUACUGGUCGCUAUUUGCAAAACUUUGCUGCAAAUACAUCAAGUUUUUCCACGAAUUAUUCAAGUGAAUGUGAUAUGUCUGAGCAAGACACAGACGAAGAAUAAAUAUAAAAUAGAAUUUAAGUUAUUAUUUAUUAAUAAAUAUUUUUUUACAUUC